CAAGCUUUAGUCGUGGGUGGUGGAGUGAUAUUUUGGGCGCCACUUUCAUCCUGAACUGAGGUUGUUACAGAUCAGAACAAGAAGAGUUGCGAAUCAUCUAGUCUGACAGUAUGGCUUACAGAGGUCCCGCAUACGGUCUCAGCGCUCAAAUUGCUAACAAGAUCGCUGCUAAACGAGAUAAACAACUCGAAGCAGAAGUGCUGGAAUGGAUCCAAGAAAUAUUAGGAGAACCUCUCCCCAAUGGUUCUUAUGAAGAAAUUUUAAGGGAUGGCAUCAUUCUUUGCAAAUUGAUGAAUCAAUUAUCCCCCGGCAUCAUUAAGAAAAUCAAUACAUCUGGAGGACAAUUCAAAAUGAUGGAGAACAUUAACAAGUUCCAGGAAGCUGCCAAGAAAUAUGGUGUAGCAGAAAUCGAUGUUUUUCAGACGGUCGAUCUGUGGGAACGCCGCAACAUUCCUCAAGUGACGCAAUGUAUCAUGGCCCUCGGCAGAGCAUGCUAUCUUCAUCCAGAAUUUCCCGGACCCUUCCUCGGGCCGAAACCGGCAGAAAAGAACGAAAGAGAAUUCACCGAAGAGCAACUCCGAGCUGGCGAAACGAUCAUUAAUCUCCAGUAUGGAACAAAUAAAGGUGCCAACCAAAGUGGCAUCAAUUUUGGGAACACAAGGCACAUGUAAUAGUGUUGAAAUGUCAGAUUCUUGUAAAAAUCAUCGUAGUCUUUAACUUGCCCUCUGUUUUUUUCCUUGUAUAUGUGAUUAGUCAAUAAAUGUGUGAAAUUGUU